UAAAUGGUAUGUCCUGCUGACGUUACCUCUGUAGAUCCGCUUCCUGGAUGUUAUAUUUUUAUUAGUAAUAAUACAUACAGGCUGUGAAUAUUCCCUGCUCGACAUGGAGAAAGGCGGAAUAUCAGCAAUACUGUUUGAUCUGGACAACACUCUGGUGGACACAGCAGGAGCAGGACAGCUUGCUUUACACAAGGUUUGUGAGCUGUUGAGAAGUAAGCUGAAGGACACAAACAGCAGCGAUAUAUGUAAGCGGUUUGCCCAUAAACUUCGUGAAGAAAGGUUUGACCCAUCUGCAGGCAUAACGAUUGAUGAUGUUCGGAUAAAUCACUGGCACGAGGCCCUGCAGGAAGCACAAAGUGUAGAUCCCGGCCGUGCUCUGGCCUCAGACUGCUACUACACUUGGAAAACCACACGUCUGCAGGCUCUAGCAUUAUCUCCUGAGGUUUUAGCCUUGCUGCAAGAGCUCAAACACUCAUUCAAACUGCUGUUGCUGACUAACGGAGAUGCACAGACACAGAGGGGGAAGCUGGAGGCAGUGAGAUGUGAGGGUCUCUUCAGUGCUGUGGUGGUAGGAGGAGAACAUACUGAGCAGAAACCUGCAGUCUCUAUUUUCACACACUGCUUCAAGCUGCUAGGAGUGAAGCCACAGGAGUGCAUCAUGGUGGGAGAUUCACUGGACACAGAUAUCCAGGGUGGGAUUGAUGCAGGGGUUCGAGCUACAGUGUGGAUUAAUAAUAGCAAAGACGUUCUUUUAGAGAACAGUGUGAUUCCUGAUUACACCAUUUCCUCUGUGCUGGAUUUGCCUGAUGUUUUAGCUAAACUGAAAUGAUAUUUUUAAGCUAAGGCAAUAGAAAUAUUUAUUUAUAAUUAUGUGAAUUUUAUAAAUGAUUUUGAAUAAACAAACUCGUGGAGUUGUAUGAAAAAUGAUUCACAUUUUUUAAUAA